AUGAAUAUGAAUAUUCAACCAAAUACGCAAAGUAACAUACAAAUGAAUGAAUGUAAAUUUUUUCAUUAUGCACCAAAUUAUGAUAAAUUUUAUCAUAUAACUUGCCAACCUAUUUUACAAGGUUUUGACUCUUUUGAAAAUUACAAUUAUGAUCAUGGAUUCUUUUAUAAUAUUAACCCAGCAAAUUAUUAUGUCACGUGUAAAAUACUUCCACGUUCUUUGAUCGCAAAUAUGUUGAAUAAAAAAAUAUACGGAAUAGAUAUUGACAUAAAUAAUUUGGAACGAAAAGAAUUAUUAUCUUUGAAUCAAAGAUUGGAUUUGGAACAAGACUUGGAACGAAUUCUUCCUUUUCAUCUUAAACAAUAUCAUACUUCUAAUAAAGAAAUAAGAAUGAAUUCUUACGAACAUGAUAAUACACAGACAAUUUCGAUAACUGAUAAUCAAACUAAUUUUGAUAAUAGCUUUCCUCAACAAACUAGAGCCGGGUAUUUUACUAAUAAUGUCAUUAAUCCACAACAAGUUGUUUUAAAUAAUAUUUCACAACAAAUCCCUGAACGAUUACGUUGUAAUGGAAAUACAGAUUCAUUUUGUGAGAAUAUUGGGAAUAAUGUAAUGACAACACAAGCAGUUUUGAUCACAGAUAGUCAAAACAAUGGUUUUCCUCAACUCAUACAUCCCCUUUCAAGUUCAACAUCUUCGGUGCCACAAAAUAAUGUUACUAAUUCACAACAACAAAUUGAUUUCAAUAAUAUUCCACAACAAAUUACUGAUAGAGAAAUGAGAUCGAAUUAUUAUGGAAAUUUAAAUUCAUUUUAUGGAAAUAUUGUGCACGAUACACCCGUAACACAACCUGUUUUGACAACUGAUAUUAAUCGUAAUUAUAUCCCAGAUGCCUUUGCAGAAACCUUUGGUUUUUACAAAAUAUGUUGGCGAUAUUUUUAA